AUGUCAAACUACGAAGCCUUGCUGAAAUUCAAUAGGAAGGCUGUAUCUAAGGAAAUGGUGCAAUAUCUAGCAUCGACCACAGCUUCCAUUAUCAAAAUUAAGAAGACGAAUAGUAUGAUAGAUAUUGCAUUGCCAGCACCACCGUUGACUAAAUUCAUCAACAGACUGAUCAAGCAUUCUAACGUUCAAACUCCGACUCUGAUGGCUACCUCUGUAUAUUUGGCCAAAUUAAGAUCAAUAAUACCGAGUAACGUUUAUGGUAUAGAGACCACCAGGCAUAGAAUAUUCUUAGGUUGCCUAAUAUUAGCUGCAAAAACGUUAAAUGAUUCCUCCCCUCUUAACAAACACUGGGCCGAAUAUACGGACGGCCUUCUCAUCCUAAGGGAGGUUAAUACUAUUGAAAGGGAACUAUUAGAAUAUUUUGAUUGGGACGUCACCAUUUCCACAGAUGAUUUAAUUACAUGUCUCUCGCCAUUCUUGAAGCCUAUCAAAGAGGAGCAGUUGUACAAAUCGCAAAGAGACUGUCGCACGUUGAAAAAUUUUUCUGCUCAAGAAAAAGACAUAGUAAACAAAACAUCCAUUUCCCAUUCGCGCUCAUCGUCCAAUAUGUCUAUCCCAUCUUUAGCUUCCACUUCGACCCUCUCCACGUUGGAAUCUAGAAGAUCGAAUUUAUCCAAUUAUAGUAACAGAAUACGAACUUUGCCCGAACUACACGAAUCCAAUAACAUUAGCGACAAGUUUUCUCCGCGAACAUACAACAUAGACUCCAAACACGAUAACAAGGAAAAUAGGCCAAUACCGACAAUUAAGCCUUUUAAUUUUAGUAAAGCGCGCCCUGUGAUCUUGAAAACUGGGUUAAACAAACAGAUAAUAAAAGAAGAUACAAAAGUAAAGAAAUCGAAUUGGUCAAAUUACUUCAAAUCGUGA